AUGUAUGCUAUGCAUGCUGAAUAUUUGGUGCNAAAAUUAAAAAAUGGGAGAGUCCAUAUAAAAAAUCCUGAUCGUGUAGAGGAUAAAGUGCUUCAUUUUAUUAAAGGUGGAUCUUCCAAGCUUCAGUUAAUAGCAGAUUUUGACAAGUUUCUUCUCCUUCCAGAAGCAUAUUCAGAAUUGAUAAAUAAAAUCAAUGGUAUACGUAUUAAGGCUGCUUCCAAUGGUUUUUCCGACGAUUGUGAUUUUCUUUUACCAGAAGAAAAAUAUUUUACUUUCAAGACUGAAAUUGAAGAAGAGAUGAUGAGAUAUUCUCAUUUAAAUGGAUAUAGGUAAUUAUAUACACACAAAUUCUUAAUAUAUUUUUAAGAAUAACUUUUGUAAAUCUUAUAUCUUGUGUCUGUUAAUAUAGCUUGUUAAUAUUACAAAUUAAAUUGAUAUAAAUUAUUUAGCACGUUAUAAAUUUCUUAUAAAUUUACUAUUUAAUUUUAAAUUUAAAUUAAUAUCGGGACUAUAGUUGAUUUGAAUUUUUCAUCAGUUAUUUCUAAUCUGAUAUGUUUUACUAAAUAAUAUCACAUUGACACUUGAUAUCAACUUUGUCAAUUAGUACACAAAUGUAUCUUCAUCUUUUGAUCUUCUCUAUUUCCUUAAUAUUAUCAGAAAAUUUCAUUUAAUUUUUAUUGCUAUAAAAAAUUAAAUUACGCUUUAAAAUUGAGCGGCUUACUCAAUAUUUGCAUAUCUUAAGCAGAAACUAUUGCAAAUAGUGCUUAAUUAUUUAUAACAGGGCUUCUUAAACUUUUUUUAUUCAUGACCCCAUUUAUGAUUGUGAUUUUUUUCG